AAAAACACACAUUCCAAGAACAAGCCCCCUCUUCUAUAUAAGCCGAGGCUAACCCACCUCCUCUUCGCAACCCAAAACGCUCAAAUCUUCUCCGCAACAACUUCUCACGAAUCAAUACCACCAAAAUCAUGACGAUCAUAGAGAUGAGAGUACACAUGGAUUGUGCUGGAUGUGAAAGCAAGGUCAAGAGUGCACUUCAAAAGCUCAAAGGUGUGGAUGACGUGGACGUGGACAUGAGUUUACAAAAGGUGACGGUGACGGGGUGGGCGGAUCAGAAGAAAGUUCUGAAGGCGGUGAGGAAGACGGGGCGGAGGGCGGAAGUGUGGCAGCUGCCGUACACGACGGCGUUUCAAGAGGGGCAGUACUAUCAGCAGCACCAUUGUAAUGGACCAGUGACAUUGUAUGCGUCUCAGCCAAGCUCAUCCUACAACUACUACAAGCAUGGUUAUGACAGCGACGAUCCUCGUCACUAUUACUAUCCCUCUUAUUCUUCUGUCAUUGGCCAUCAAGCUGGCUCUGCCUUCAGUGAUGACAACCCUCAUGCUUGCUCCAUUAUGUGAUGUAUAUAAUCACUUAUCUUAUAAUUAAGACAUAUUUGCAGAGUUUCCAAAAUAAAAAACCCGGGUUGAUUAAUUAAGAACUUUAGAAUAAUGAAUUCUAACGGACCCUUACGUUCAUGUUGAGGAAUACAGAUCAAAUCUGAUUAACGUUGCUUAUACGAGAAAUCGAUCUUUGUACGUAGACCUUCAGUUUCUGUAUAUGUGGUAUUUGUGGUUUGGUUCAUGUAUGUACGACCUCUAUUUUUUGUUCGUACUGCUAUGUAGUCAAGGUCUUUGCAAUUGAUUGCAAACCAAAGUGAAUUGUUGUUUUAAUUA